CAUUUUCAAUUGAGUUUCAACGCUCCGAGCGAGCACAACAUCAGCAGCAGCAGCAGCAACACCAGUCACAGCAACAUAAAGUAGCAACACCGAUUUCGAAUCUUUUCGACCAAAACUCUAGAAUCGCCUGCGCCUGCGCCAGGAGUAGUUUUUUUGGUCAAAAAUAAUCAACAGCUGUCCGUCCAAAAUAGUCGGAAACAGUUCUUGUCCGGGAGUGUUUUUGUGUCUUGUUUCAAUAAAUAAACUCUCUCAGCUUGUGCGAUCCGUCGGUACAAAAAGUAUCUUUAGCUGUAUCUGUAUCUGUAUCUGCAUCUGUGCCUGAAGUAUCUCUGUUUGUUAAACUCUACAACGCACGUGUGCGGUCUUUUGCGGUCGCCGUUCGGUUGGGUGUGUUUCGUUUUAUGCAAAUUACUGUCAAUACAAUUACACAGUUACAGAUUGUUAAUUGGUUUGUGCUGAACAAAUUAUAUAAUUUGCCAUUAACAACUAACAGUCGUUAGUUGUUGCUGCUGCGGUUAGUGUCGAUUGCAAGAGCUUCAGGGAGGCGUCAUGUCCAACACGGAGAAAGGAGGCCUGCACAGAGUGCGAAACUUCCUGUCAUGUCGCCAAGUGCUCAGCCUGCUGACCAUGCUCGGCUUCAUGCUGAACUACGCCCUGCGAGUCAACCUGACCAUCGCCAUCGUGGACAUGGUGGUGAAGAAUGAGACUGAUACCAAGAACGUCACUCUGACGGGGAACCUGACACUGCCACUGGCCACCAACUCCUCCAGCAACUCUUCCUCCCUGUCCACGGACGGAGUGGAAGUGGUCGAGGAGCGUUUCCCGUGGGACUCGUACCAGAGGAACUUUGUGCUGGGUUGCUUCUUCUGGGGCUACAUCCUUACCGAACUGCCGGGCGGUCGUCUGGCGGAGCUGAUCGGCGGACGACGCGUCUUCGGACAUUCCAUGCUCUGGGCCAGUCUGCUCACCCUGAUCACGCCGCUGGCGGCUCACAUCAACUACGUGGUGCUGAUUGUGGUCCGAGUGGUGCUCGGCUUCAUGCUGGGCGCCUCCUGGCCGGCCAUUCAUCCGGUGGCUGCUGUCUGGAUUCCGCCCAUGGAGCGCUCCAAGUUCAUGUCUAAUAUGAUGGCUUCCUCGUUGGGUGCUGCCAUUACCAUGCCCAUCUGCGGCUACCUCAUCUCCGUUGCUGGCUGGGCCAGUGUCUUCUACUUGACGGGAGCCGUGGGUCUACUCUGGUCCCUGGCCUGGUUCACCUUCGUCUACGAGACCCCCGCCACCCAUCCGCGCAUCACUGCCGAGGAGAGGCGAGAGAUCGAGGAGGCCAUCGGCACCUCCACCUCCAAGAAGCGUCCCAGUCACGUGCCCUGGGGCCAGCUGCUCUGCUCCCCGGCUGUCUGGGCCAUCAUCAUCUGCCACGGACUGGCUGUUUUCGGAUUCUUCACGGUGGUCAAUCAGCUGCCGACUUUCAUGUCGGAGAUUCUGCACUUUGACAUCAAGCAGAACGGUGUCUUCUCGUCGCUGCCUUAUCUGGGCAAGUACGUGAUGGCCGUGGCCUCGUCCUACCUGGCCGAUUACCUGCGCCAGAAGGGUACUCUGAGUACGACGGCCACCAGGAAGCUGUUCACAACUUUCGCUUUGGUCACUCCUGGUCUGCUGAUGGUUCUUCAGGUCUUCCUGGGCUAUGAUUCCACCUGGUCCGUGACCAUCUUCUCCCUGGCCCUCUUCGCUCACGGAGCUGUCACCGCCGGUUACCUGGGCAAUGGCUUGGAUAUUGCCCCCAACUUUGGUGGAACCAUUUUCGGUCUGGCCAAUACUCUAUCCUCUUUCGGUGGAUUCCUCUCCACGUGGAUGGUGGGCGCUCUCACCUACGAUGAUAAAUCCUUCCAUCAAUGGCAAAUUGUCUUCUGGAUUCUGGCUGCCACAUACAUCGGUGGAGCUGUGGUGUUCGCCAUCCUGGGCUCCGGCGAACUACAGCCCUGGAACAAUCCCCCAGAGCGCAAGAAGAUCAGCGAUGUCACCCAAGAGGAGGGUGUGCCUCUCAAGAACGGAAAGUAAAGUUCUUAAUGAGGAGAUCACACAAGUUAUGGUACUUGAUACUGCACAUUUGAGAUUGAAGAGGUUUUCAGCUUUUCCACCGGAGAAAAAACAUGAAUGAAAGACAUUAUUUUUAUGGAUUCUGAAAGGUUUCUUUGCAUAAAACAUACAAAAAUUAUCAUCCACAUAAGAAGGAGAAAAAGUGAGAAGAAAAACACCCAAAAACACUGUACACCGAUGCACAUGUCUGCUUUAUGGAAAUUGACUAUAUUUAUAAGUAAUAUUUACUUUAGAGCUCCUAUGUCUAAAUCUGUAACUGUAUACAUACUUUAUCUAUAUAUAUAUGUAGCUUAAUCGAUUUAUAGUAUUCUGUAUGUCCACUGCGCCCGCCAACCAGAUCUCUGAGGAAUACUUUCUAGUAUCGACAGGCGAUCUGAGGGCGGGCACUGUAUGUUUUGUUUAAUUUAUAAAGUAGCCAUAAACUUGUCUAGUUUACAAUUAGAUGAACAAAAUAUUUAUGCAAGUAGCAAAAUACAUACAGAUAUGCUGAUAGUGUAGCUAAGUUCAUUUAACCAUGUAACGUUGUACUAUACUUGACUAUUUAUGUAAUUAAUUUAAACACUUUAUAAGUUCACAAUAAACGAUAACUCAGAGAAAAAGA